AUGCAGGCCGUCGCUCGUACACGUACUCUUGCACCGCGCGUCGUGCGUGCCGCCGGUGUCUCGACCUGGUCUGCCGUUCCGGCCGGUCCCCCCGACCCCAUUCUCGGUGUCACCGAGGCCUUCAAGGCGGACAAGGACCCGCGCAAAAUUAACCUCGGUGUUGGCGCGUACCGCGACGGCAACGGCAAGCCAUACGUGCUCGAUGCAGUCAAGAAGGCCGAGGAGGUCCUCCGGGCGUCGAACCCGGACAAGGAGUACCUGCCCAUCACUGGUCUCCCUGAGCUCACCAAGCACGCGGCAAGGCUUGCGUACGGCGCUGACAGCACGCCCAUCACCAAUGGCACUGUAGCUGUCACCCAGUCCAUCUCUGGCACUGGCGCCCUCCGCAUCGGCGGUGCUUUCCUCGCCCGCUUCUACCCGCAUUCUAAGAGCAUUUACCUGCCCGCGCCAACCUGGGGCAACCACAUUCCCAUCUUCCGCGACAGCGGACUCGAGGUCAAGUCCUACCGCUACUUCGACAAGAAGACCGUUGGUCUCGACUUUGAGGGACUCAAGGAGGACUUGAGGAAAGCGGAUGACAAGGCUAUCGUCCUUCUCCAUGCGUGCGCACACAACCCGACCGGUGUUGACCCGACGCCGGAGCAAUGGAAGGAGAUCAGCGACAUUGUCAAGGAAAAGCAACUCUUCCCCUUUUUCGACAUGGCGUACCAGGGCUUCGCAUCUGGCUCGACUGACCGUGAUGCGUUUGCCGUUCGUCACUUCGUUAGCCAGGGCCACCAGAUUGCACUCUCGCAGUCGUUCGCCAAGAACAUGGGUCUCUACGGCGAGCGUGUCGGUGCUUUCUCCUUGACUGUCGCGGACCCCGAGGAGAAGGCCCGCGUAGACAGCCAGUUGAAGAUUGUCAUCCGUCCCAUGUACUCGAACCCGCCUCUGCACGGUGCGCGCAUCGCGAGCACCAUUCUCGGUACCCCCGACCUUGCUGGCCAAUGGGAGACGGAGGUCAAGGGUAUGGCCGACCGCAUCAUCAGCAUGCGUGAGCGUCUGUACAACGAGCUCACCCACACCCACAAGACGCCUGGCGAGUGGGGCCACAUCAAGAGCCAGAUCGGUAUGUUCUCGUUCACCGGCCUUAAGCCGGAACAGACGAAGACGCUCGCGGAGAAGGCACACAUCUACAUGACCGCAGACGGCCGUAUCUCGAUGGCCGGCUUGAAUGGCGGGAACAUUGAUUACUUCGCCGAGUCGGUCGCACACGCGGUCAAGGGCACGCUCUGA